AUGCCACCGCUAUUCAACGCUGCCUUCGGAAAGGGGCCACCAGUACCAUACCCCCAUCAUGCGUCAUCAGCUUUUCACCACUCAGUCGUAAUAGCGAUCCACGGGUUUCUUUCCCAGAUUCCAGGUCCGAUACCACCAGGCCUCAAGCAGCUUGGAACCGAUGCUAUGCGAGCUCUUGAUUCAGCCUACGACCGUGAGGCUGCUGCCAGGAGAGCCUUGGUCGUUGCUCGUGGGGUAGGCCGUUCUGCACCGACAAGGCAGCCUAUAAUAGUGGAUCCUCGCUCAACAGCUCCUCCUCGAGUACCCACUGCUCGAGCACCUUCUCUUCGAGUGUCUACCUCUGCAGCACCGGCUAGACCUCCUGCGUCGCCCUCGCCGCAAGCGUCGGCCCCGCAAGAAGAGACGAGACUGCCAUUUCUCGAUACUGCUGGAUGGAACGAAUACCUCGCUACCAUGUCCUCUGGGCUACUUGCCGAGGCUGAAGGAGCUAGCAGCUCCAGAGAUCCUUCAAACCCCAUACAGGUGCCGCUCGAUGUCUAUGAAGAAUGGCCAGCUGCCUUUGCGGGUCAAAACAUCCAGAUUAUCCCAAGUACAUCGACCACUCUACCCACAUCUUUGGAGGAAAGUCUCCUUGCCGGUCCCACCGGUGUUUCUCCUAAGCCACCUGUUCAAGGCACUGCUGCUCCUCCUGCUGAAAGCUCAUCAUCGGUGGCAGGUGAAUACUACUAUCCAAGCCUAUCAACAGUUGGAAGUUCAUCACAUAAUGAACCUCAAGCUGUCGAAUCUACUCCAAGCCAACUAUCAGACUUCGGGAGGUGGGCCGAAGCAUUCACCGGUGAAUCUCUUAUACCUCCCGACAUGGUUCCACAGCCACCUUCACCUGACCUGGCCUCUCUGUCUCCAACUUGGCGAGGUGGCUUCCUUCCGGCCGUCCCCGCUCCAGUCCCUUCCAUAUCCGUCGGUUCUGCACCCUCGCAAAUCACCACACAAGUGUUUAAUCGAUUGUCCACAGCACCUGAUAUAUUCGGGACAUAUAACCUGUCCGGAUAUUUGGCAACCAAUGUUCCGGUGAGUAUCAAUAGAUCUCGAUCAGCUUCGCCCCUAUCAACUCGCCCUACACAGACUCUUCCUCGAAUUCCCAAAAUUCCUUCCCUAGCUCCGCCACAACCUCCUCAGCCUGUCCAACCACUCAGGGUACGACGUCUCUCCGGACCUGGUUCGAUGGAACAUCCAUCAGAGGACGACAAGCAGCCUACAACGGAAGGACCACGAGAAGAGGUCGAACAGCCUAGAUCUGGUCCAAGGCUCAAGAUUAUCGAACCCACGCCUCGUGGUUCUUUAGGUAGCAAUGCAAGUCCGAUAGAUCCCUCUGCUGGUGCGACAGCUCCGACCACUCAACUAGGAAAAGAAGCUGUCCUUGGUGCCGCCGUGCAAUAUUUGAUACCGGAGAGAAGCCGAGAAGCCAAAAACAAGAGGGAUACCAGCGUCCCUCCGCCACAAUAUCCAAAAGGAGGCCGACAGUUGACUGUGCCUGAUCGAAGAACUCUUGUCUCGAGUAGUAGACGAAGAAGUUCAUCCGAUCCGACUACUGCUAUGGCUCGGUAUGACGCAAGAAAGGCACUUGUUGCAGCGGCAUACCCUAAUCAGCCAAUACCUCUUGAUCAGCAAGUGUAUCUGCAGCAACUAGCUAGGGAAGCACAAGCGAGUCUAGUGCAGGCUCAGACCGCAAUCGCGCUGCGGGAAUACUCAGAAAGACAAUCAGCAGAAGCGGCAAGGAUGAUGCAAGAGAUCAAUCGAGGAAGAUCACCUUCUCCUGGUAUGAGAAGUUAUAUCGACGAAACGGGGACGGAAUAUAUCAUCAGGGAUCCAGAAUACAAACCUCGUUCGGCCCCUGCCUCUUCUUCUGCUGGGCAGUCGUCAUCAACAACAACGGGUGCCGUAACAGCCAGAAGUCGAGGUGUAGGUAGAGGAAAUGCCCCUUCAGAACGCAGACUCUCACAGGAAGUCAGAGCUGCUCUCAUACAAGGUAGUAGUCUUCAGAGCGGUAGUAGUCAAGAGGUUCCUACGGGUGAAGAGGAAGAAAGAGGUAGAAGCAGGGAGAGGAAAGGGAAAGGCAGAGAAAUCUCUGAGGCAGGUCAGCAGAGGGAUCCGAAGAAGAAGCGGUAA